AUGCCUCGGAUUAUUGUAUCCUUUGGCGGUGGGCAUUUCACCGACAUUCACGAAACGGUUCUGCAAACUCAGAAAGCGCUCCGGGAGGCGUUUGUAGAUACAAAUGUGGUGAUCACCGAUCUGGACCAAACGUUGACCACUGGGGCCAGAACAUAUUCGGAUAAAGAUUAUGAGUUUCAACGAGUCAUUGCGCGCUUGGAGGAACCAUUGGAGUUAGAUACUUGGGAGGCCGUGUUGGUCUGUGGGAGGUAUGCCCUUUUUGACCCCAAAAUUAACGAACUAGCACACCUGAAAGUAUAUAUGGAUAGUGAUGGAGAUCGGCGCUUGAUAGACCUUAUCCGCAGACAUGGAGUCAAUGACUCCGAGACUUUGGCGGUGUUGAUCCGGGAAUACAUGUCAGACCUCAGACCCGAAAUGCAAAAAUAUAUCGAACCCACCAAGGCCUAUGCUGAUCUGAUAAUACCGAGCAGGAGCGACAGUGUGGGGUCCGCCAUUGUCGUGGAUAGUAUUGUCAAGAUCGUGGAUGAUAGCAAAGGUGGGGCGUCGCACACAACCAAACUAUUCCCACAUUUGGAUUUCCAAGCAGAGUCGCUGGAUAUCGAAAAGGAGAAAUACUACGAUUUAAGCUGA